CAUGCGCGGGAGCUGAAGCACCGGAAAGAUGGCGGAGGAAGGGGAGAGAAAAAAGAUUCCUUUGGUUCCAGAAAAUCUCCUGAAAAAGAGGAAGGCUUACCAAGCCCUCAAAGCCACUCAGGCAAAGCAGGCACUCUUGGCAAAGAGAGAGAGAAAAGGGAAACAAUUCAGGUUCAGACGACUAGAAUCUUUCGUGCAUGAUUCCUGGCGGCAGCAACGUGACAAAGUGCGUGUCCAGCGACUGGAGGUGAAGCCUCGUGCUUUGGAGGUGCCUGAUAAACAUUCCUUGGCCUUCGUUAUACGCAUGGAAAGGAUUGAAGGAGUGAGUUCAUUGGUAAAGAGCACCAUCAUGAAUCUUGACCUGAAGAAAUUGUUCAGUGGCGUCUUUGUCAAGGUCACCCCUCAGAGUGUAAGAAUGCUGCGCACUGUGGAGCCUUAUGUGACCUGGGGAUUUCCAAAUCUGAAGUCUGUCCGGGAACUCAUCUUGAAACGUGGACAAGCAAGGAUUAACAAUAAGACAGUCCCUCUGACGGACAACACGGUGAUCGAGGAGCACCUGGGGAGAUUUGGUGUCAUUUGCCUGGAAGACCUCAUCCAUGAAAUUGCCUUUCCUGGGAAGCAUUUCCAGGAGGUCUCUUCGUUCCUGUGCCCUUUCCAGCUCUCUGUGGCCCGCCAUGCUACCAAGAACAGAGUGGGCUUCCUCAAAGAGAUGGGCUCACCCGGCUACCGGGGAGAACGGAUCAAUCAGCUCAUUCGGCAGCUCAACUAGAGCAGGAGAGGUUUUCCAAAAGCACCCAUGGGAAGUGUUUUUGUUGUUUAUAAUUAUCAAGUAUCUUCAGAGAAGAUGAUUUUCUGCCUUCAGAGACUGAAGGAGCCUGGAGAAUGACAGGAAGGAGGGAGCAUCGGAGCCGCUUACCACAGCCCAGUCCAUGGAAAGGGACGAUCUCCCUCAUUGGCUGCCUGUCUCUGAACUCAACACAAGCGUGGGGGAAGACUUACCCUGCUCACCCUGCCUUGUAGGUGUUUAAUGUUGGGUGGGCAGCUAGCCCAAACCUCCCUCCCA